GACAAAUGCGGGGGGCGUGAACGCAGCUUGGGCCGCCAAAGGCGCCCGUCGCCCACCUGCGAAACAUUUUGCUCCAAUCCAGAGAGACCGAAGGGAAGACCGUCUUCCUCCCUUUCAAAUGACAUCCGAAGCGGAGCAGCAGCAGCGGCAGCAGUAGCAGCAACCCCAUCUGAAGGGAAGCAGAAGCAACAAAAAAUCCCCGAAUCUGGACAGAUCGAUCGAUGCGGCUGAUUCUCCGUCAUCCGUGCCCCCUCUCCCCGUUCCAAUUCUUUCGCCAUAUUCUAGUAGCUGCUGCUCUCGCGAGAGUCCAAGUUUCUUCUCUAUCCUAAGCCCUAAUCGAGAGCAAAAAAAAAGGAUAAAGUGACGACAAAAAAGUGGGAGCAAGGAAAAGGGGGAUUCCGAUGGCGAGUCGGGUGAGGGAGGAUGAGAAGAACGAAAGGAUCAUCCGCGGGCUCCUGAAGCUUCCUGCAAAUCGGAGAUGCAUCAACUGCAAUAGUCUGGGGCCUCAAUAUGUAUGCACAAAUUUCUGGACAUUCAUAUGUACAAAUUGUAGCGGAAUACAUCGAGAGUUCACACACCGCGUAAAGUCUAUAUCCAUGGCCAAAUUUACUUCACAGGAAGUUUCUGCUCUUCAAGAAGGAGGGAAUGAGCGUGCUAAAGAAAUUUAUUUCAAAGAGUGGGACCCACAGCAUCAUUCCUUUCCUGAUAACAGUAAUAUUGACAGACUUAGAGAAUUCAUUAAGCAUGUCUAUGUGGACCGGAGAUAUGCAGGGGAAAGAAGUUUUGACAGACCUCCAAGAGUGAAGGGUGAUAUUGAAGAUUCUUAUUUAAAUAGGGGUUCCAAAAGCCCACCAUAUGAUGAUACAAAUGGGCGAAGUUAUGGUGAACGACCUGGUUCUGCAAGUCCUGCAUACAACUACAGAACAAGCCCUGGUCGCUUUGACAGAGAUGAUAAAUCUGUACACAGAAAUCAAGAGCGCAAUAUUGUGGACCAGCAGUUUCCUGAUGGUCCAAAGAUUGAGGAGAGGUCACAAAACCAACAGAAAGAUGUUGAUGCAUCUAAAUCUCCUGUGGUACAACCUGUUGGAGGAGUCAUCAAUGUUCCACCUGCUCCAAUUGGUGACCCUGCAAAACCAAGUGGACUUCAAUUCCCUCGUACUUCUGCACCUAUACAGAAUGUGGCAUCUUCAAGUAGCAGAGGAUCCAGUAUUGGGAAUUCAGUUGAGCUGAAAUUGGUAAGCUCUGGAAGUUUGAUUGAUUUUGAUGCAGAUCCUGUUCCUCCUGUUGCUGGAGCUGUUAAUCAAUCCGUACCCCAACAAACUGCCUCUUUGCCUGCUGAAAGUGGUGGUUGGGCAUCUUUUGAUGACUCUUCCCAAUUGAAGGUGACCCAGGUGAGACCAGCUGUAAGCACACUGGAAUCUGUGCUAUCCCAGUUGUCAGUUCCGCAGACUGCUUCUGCUGCUAGGACUCCAAGCUUAUCUGUUGCUGGGAUCAAUUUGUUUUCCAACCAGACUAGUUCUGGGCAAUGGCCAACCAUGCAGCAGCACCAGCUUUCUCCACUCCAAGCUCAUAACGUUCAGUCAAGUAAUCUACCAUUCAGCACACCUGUUAUUGGGGCUCCAAGCAACCAGGUUGCACCAAAUUCACAUGGAACCACAGCUACUCUAACUGGUCAAUCAUCUCAAGUAGUGUACAAACCACUUCAUGAACACACCGCUGGAGUUUCACCAGAGUCUUCUUUUUCAGAGGCAAAGCCUAGUGGAAGAAGAGAACUUCCUGCGGAUCUUUUUACCAUGACUUAUCCAUCAACAUUGGCUCCAUUCUCUUAUUAUCAGACAUCUCAGCGUUAUAUGGGCUAUGGUACACAAUAUCCAACUGCAGUUGCUCUGCCAGCUUAUUCUCAUUCUUUGACAUCAUCAAACCCAUUUGCUUUUGUUGAUGAACCAAAGUUAGUCCAUGCUUCCACGUUCCCAAAUUUGGCACCGCUGCAAGGAGCAUUACCAAAUGUGGAUGGUCAUUCAUCCAUACUGCAUACAUCCAGCUUACCCACCCAACAAUGGUUACCCCAACAGCAAAUUCUGUCAGCUGUGCCUCAAAGUCCGUAUAUGGUACAGCAAGGUGCAAGUCCUAUACGCCAGUCACCAACUAUAGCUAUGUUUCCUGUGACGCAUCAAGCAAUCAGAGGUUUUAGCAUGGAAGGAGCUUCUUUUAAUUUACCAGGGAGCGAUCAGCAUUUAGCAACCAGAAACUACCAACCACAACCCCCAAGUACAUUUGCUCCUCCUGGAGGAAAUCCUUUCGGAUAAACAUUGCAUCGAUACGGCUCUGGUUCAUGCCUUGGAUCUCUCCAUGCAUUGCCUGGUAGGCGUUAAGAUUGAAAAGUCUGAGCUAGCUUAUCUGAUUAGGAGAGCCAAAGGGUUGGUGCAGUGAAGAAUAUCUCAAGUUGAAUUUUAAUGGCAGUAGCGAGAAGAUGUGCUGUAAUAAUAGCAUUAGAGAGGUAGAACUUCUCUUGAUGAGAAGGUUCUGGCAAAUGUCUUUUCUUUUUUUAUUUUUAUUUUUUGCUGCUUUUCAUACAUAUACUGAAGCGUGGCUUGAUGUGCCAAUUGUACGUGUUUGUAUGCUUGUCCAGGUUUCCUAGAUGCGCGAAGCACUUGUUUGAGCUCUUUAAUCGUGCUGAGGAUUGUUUCAGCUUGGAGCUGUAGUACUUUCCUGAAACUAGUAGGUGAUCUUUUAAGUUA